AUUAUAUCAUAUCAACUAGAGUAGGUUUGAUAUUUUGCACCGUAGGUAAAUAACAGCUCGUUAUAUGUUCGUUCAAAUAUGAUUUUGAUUAAAUAACAAGUAUAGGUGUCGUGCUUUUUGGUAAUACCUGUAUUUAUAUUAAAUACUCUUUUGAUGAAGUCGAUCCCUGCAGCAUUAAGCACAAACUUGGAGUCCAAAGGUUUUUUUUUAUACAGUUUGAUGUUAUCUCUAUAAAGUAAUUGGUAUGACAUCAUGUGCAAUACAGAAAGCAAGUGGCUUUAUACAGUUUGAAUGAGCAGUAAGUGAGUAAAAUGAAGUAAUGUACAUAUAUUAAGGGGGUCAAAACAUUGUUGUUCAGCAUACAGCAAUAUGAGUAUAUGUGUAAUAUCCCAGUAAGCAUCUUUCUGUUGAAAAGAGAUUUAAAGAACAAAUAUUGUCACCAACAAAGCAGCACCUAUGUGAAGGACAGGGUAGAUAUGAGUGAAUGAGGUGUUCAGACAUGCAGACAAGUAAGGGUUGAUCCUGACACUGUGCACCAUGUCUGAACUGCAGCAUGUCCUGACAAGUCAACAAAUGCUUAUUCUUUGAACCGGCAAGGGAGGUGGGGCCUGCAGGCAGCUGACCUGCCAAACAGAGUCUAUUGUCCUCAUUAACUCUCAGUGAAGACAGCCAUGGAGCCGGGAUCCUCGGUUGGUGCUGUGAGGAGCAAAAGGGUUCUACUGGGCGACCAGGUCCGUCCUGCUGUCAUCGUGAUAAAGGAUGGGACGAUCCAUCAAAUCCUCUCUGACAGCGACUUUCCCGGAGGUGUUGGACGUGGGCGACAGCGUGGUGAUGCCAGGCAUCGUCGAUUGCCAUGUUCACGUGAACGAACCAGGCCGAGUCUCCUGGGAGGGCUUCUGGACCGCCACCAGGGCCGCUGCAGCUGGAGGGGUGACAACUAUCGUGGACAUGCCGCUAAACAGCAUCCCUCCAACCACCACGGUUGGAAAUUUCCACGAGAAGCAGCUCGAGGCAACAGGGAAGUGUUUUGUGGACACGGCCUUCUGGGGAGGAGUGAUUCCUGGCAAUCAGCUUGAGCUGCGGCCCAUGAUCCAGGCGGGAGUGGCUGGCUUCAAGUGCUUCCUCAUCCACAGCGGGGUGGAGGAGUUCCCCCAUGUGACGGAGCAGGAUCUACACGCAGCCAUGGCGCAGCUGCAAGGCACCGGAAGUGUCCUGCUGUUUCAUGCAGAGGUGGACGUUCAGCAGACAACACAGGAGAAUGGCGACCCUCGUCAGUACUCCACCUUUCUGCAGUCCAGACCAGAUAUCAUGGAGAUGGAGGCUAUUCGCACCAUCACAGCGCUCUGUCUCCAGUACCAAGUGCGGUGCCAUAUCGUUCACUUGUCCUCUGCUAAGCCAUUGGAGCUGAUCCGGGAGGCCCGGCAGGCCGGAGCCCCCCUGACGGUAGAGACCACCCAUCACUACCUCAGCCUGUGUGCGGAGGACAUACCUGCGGGGGCCACACAAUUCAAGUGCUGCCCCCCCAUCAGAGGAUCUGUGAACCAGGAGCAGCUGUGGUCCGCGCUGAAAGCCGGGCAGAUUGACAUGGUGGUGUCGGAUCAUUCGCCCUGCACCCCGGACCUGAAGAAACUGGAUAACGGAGACUUCACUGAGGCCUGGGGUGGAAUUUCUUCUCUACAGUUUGGUUUGCCUUUGUUCUGGAGUUCAGCCAGUAAGAGAGGCUUCCAGCUGUCUGACGUGGCGAGACUCCUCAGCCAGCAAACAGCCCGGCUGGGUAGUCUUGACAACCGGAAGGGCUCCCUGGCCCCCGGCUAUGAUGCCGACUUGGUCGUAUGGGACCCAGAGAAGGAGUUUGAGAUUAAAGAAGCGAGCAUACAUCAUAAAAACAAGCUAACUCCUUACCUGGGCCUUACACUGCGAGGAGUGGUGUGUGCAACCAUAGUCCGGGGCCAGCUGGUGUACAGAGAGGGCUCCUUCUGCCCCGAGCCUCUGGGGAAGCAUCUCCUCGUCCCUCCGAGGGAAAACCAAGUCCAGCUGUGAAGCUCCGUGACAACAAGCUGUAAUAAACAUCAACAAAUCCAAA